GGACAUAAGUAGCGGCGCGGGGGCCCGCUCGAGGCCCCGCCCCGCCCGGCCUGAAGGAAUAACGGCCGCCGGCCCCUCGCGGUGGGCGGGGCUGAGGCACUGCGGCCCCGGGGCGAUGGUGCUGGGGGCUGCGGCCGCCCCGCCCGCCACGCAGGUCACUCGUUGGGCGCGGGCCGGGGAGCCACAUGGCCGCACGUGGCAGAGAUGCCAUCGCCUGGUACCAAAAGAAGAUUGGAGCCUAUGACCAACAGAUAUGGGAGAAGUCUAUAGAGCAGACUGAGAUGAAGGGCUUCAAAAACAAACCCAAAAAAAAGGGCCACAUACAGCCUGACCUGAUAGAUGUUGACUUAAUCAGAGGCUCCACAUUUGCCAAAGCCAAGCCUGAAAUCCCGUGGACGUCACUAACUAGAAAGGGGAUUGUGCGGGUUGUGUUUUUUCCAUUAUUCAGCCGUUGGUGGAUACAGGUUACAUCCCAGCGUAUUUUUAUGUGGCUUUUGGUGCUUUACCUCAUGCAAGUUAUAGCUGUCAUGUUGUAUUUCAUGAUACCUGUUGCAAGUGCAAGUGAAAUCAUUGGACCAAUGUGCCUUAUGCUACUGAUGGGAACUGUUCACUGUCAGAUUGUGUCCACCCAGAUCAACAAACCCCCAGGAACCAAUGGAGGCGGCAGCAGCAGGAGGAGGAGAAAAUUCCGCAAACCUAUGGGUGGUGAUGGGAGCAGAGAUGCUGGCAGCUGGUCUUCCUCUGACAAAGCCAAUAAAGGAGAUAAACAUUUGGAACCUAUAUCCAUUAUCAACAGUUUGUUUGGCCUGCUCUUCCGUAGGAGGUUAAGGAGGGUGAAAUUGGUAGCUGAUAAAGGGACUGAAACAGAAAGUGGUGUGAGCUCUGUGUAUAGUGGCAUUAAGCACAGACUUUCCAGAUCCGAAUAUAGGCUGCUGCAUUUCAAAGAGAGAGACAGACUUUCAGAUGGGGAGAAGAGUCAUCGGGAUGGCUGCACACAUACGGGUGGCGUUUCUGAUGAGCUGUCAAGUGAGGAGGAUGCUGAAGCCAUGGCGCAGAGGAUUUUGUUACGCAGAAGUGUAGAAGGGGCCUCCAGUGACAAUAGCUAUGAAGACAAGAAUAGGAAACCUCUAACUACUUCAAACCAGUCGGUUUCAGAGGUCAAUCAAGCCAUUAAAGGUACCAGAGAGUCCGAUAGUGUGGUAGAAUCCGAACUAGACUCAACAGCCUUUAGUCAGGAAUCAAGGUCUUGUUUUAGCGGUGGGUCCCAGAGCUGCAGUGUGUCUCGGAGAGAUUCUGAAAGCAGCCGCCAUGACUCUGAGACAGAGGACAUGCUCUGGGAUGACCUGCUUCAUGGGCCUGAGUGCCGUUCUUCCUACACCAGUGACAGCGAGGAAGGGAAUGUAAAAGGAAGUAAACGGGACCUGAAAGAGGAUGUUUUCCAACAGAACCAUUUGUUCUGGCUUCAGAAUACGAGCCCUGCAUCUGCAAAAGUAAGUGCCCUGAUCUGGGAAGGAAGUGAGUGCAAGAAGGUGGAUAUGUCUGUGCUGGAGAUCAGCGGGAUUAUCAUGAGCAGAGUUAAUGCCUAUCAGCAGGGAGUAGGCUAUCAGAUGCUGGGAAACGUUGUCACCAUUGGGUUAGCAUGUCUUCCUUUCCUCUACCGGCUCUUCCAUACAAAGAAUCUUGAACAGCUGCAAUCCAUUUCAGUGAAGGAACUUUUGAAUAUCUUUUGUGGGGCUCCUACCAUCACCCCCGUCAUUGUCUUGGCUGUGAUUAACUUCCUUGAGCGUCUCUGCCUGACUUGGAUGUUUUUCUUUAUGAUGUGUGUUGCUGAGAGAACAUACAAACAGCGUUUUUUGUUUGCCAAACUUUUUAGUCAUAUAACAUCUGCCCGGAAAGCCAGGAAGUAUGAAAUCCCCCACUUCAGACUCAAGAAGGUGGAGAAUAUUAAAAUUUGGUUAUCACUGCGCUCCUAUCUAAAGAGGAGAGGACCCCAGCGAUCUGUGGAUGUAGUUGUCUCUUCAAUCUUUUUAUUGGCUCUAUCAAUUGCUUUCAUAUGCUGUGCACAGGUUUUAAAAGGGCAUAAAACAUUCCUGAAUGCAGCUUACAACUGGGAGUUCCUCAUCUGGGAAACAGCCCUCCUCCUUUUUCUACUGCGCCUGGCAUCAUUGGGCUCUGAAACCAACAAAAAAUAUAGUAAUAUUUCAAUCCUGCUCACUGAACAGAUCAACUUAUACUUAAAGAUGGAAAAGAAGCCAAACAAGAAAGAACAGCUCUCUCUAGUGAACAAUGUUUUAAAACUGUCUACAAAGCUACUGAAGGAGUUAGACACACCAUUUAGACUCUAUGGCCUGACUAUGAACCCUUUAAUCUACAACAUCACACGAGUUGUGAUCCUGUCUGCCAUCUCAGGUGUUAUAAGUGAUCUUCUUGGAUUCAAUAUCAGAUUAUGGAAAAUCAAACCAUGAACUAGCCUGCCCUCAAGGCUGUGAGGAUUAUCAAAUCAUCAGGACACUGGAUAGAAGCAAGACAUUGGCUUGAGACAGAGGUGGUUCUAAAUUUUGGCAUAUUUCUUUAUGUAUCAAAGAUGUUUUCUUACAUUGCUUAGUUUCAGAGCCUACAGAAUAAACUAGUUUAACUUGUGAGGGCAGCCCAGGCCUUGCACACUAAGUAAACAAAACUUGUUUUGUCCAACAGAGUGACACUGUUCUAAGGGCAUUUCCAUAUUAAGUAGGGGCUAAAGUAUGCAGCAGCCACACAUUUUGGAGGGGCCUCAAAACAGUAGGAAAACAAUUAUAUGGGAUUCUGUAUACAAUAGCUUGUGUCUGUGGCCCUGUUAAAGCCUAUUUCUAUAUGGAUAGAUAAGUUACUGCAGCAGGUCGGCUCUGUUACACAACUAACUUGAUGUGGCAGCUUCUCCAUUUCCUCUGUUAACAUGAGACUGUAAUUUCACUGCAGUCAGUCAGUAUUAUGACUCCCAAUUACUGCUUUAAGAUCUAAAUAAGCUCUUCAUUUGUUAAAAUAGGGUGUUAAGGCCUUGACAAGAGGACUCACUUUCCUAAUAACUGUCCAGAACAACAUUGCAGGUUUUGGAUGGUGAGGGAGUAGAGUUUAAAAUUCUGCUGUCUGCCUUUACAUAUUAGAGCAGAUCCCUGUUCCUCUUUCAGUCUUCUUCCAGUGCCCCAUUUGAUAGACAAGUGCAUGUGUAUAGUAGCUUCAAGUAAACAAAACAUUCAAAUAAGUGCCUUUAGGCUAGAGAGGCCAAGUCUGCUUUGGACCUUUAUUCUGUGCAACUGCAGCCUUUCAUGAAAGGUCAGUCCACCCAAGACAGAUUGCCUCCAAGGGCACUUGGCAGUUAAACUUUCAGUUGCAUAGCAACAUUAAAGCCACUCUGCUGCACGCACCAGGAGAGACUAGAGUUUUCAUAUAAUUAAGUGUUCUUCAAACUCCUCAUUAUUCUUGAUUGAUAAGCCCUAAUAGAACAAGCAAAGCAUUCUCCUAGAGGGAAUAUGGUAACACUUGUUCUCUACAACAGCUCGCUCUGUAAAGCACCAUCAGUAUAUAAACACUUUUUUCACAAGACUAACAAUUUACAUAUAACACUUCAAAUCUUUGGUAUUGAUUUGGUUAGUUUUGACAAGGUAGGUCAAUAGGGCUGUUAAAGCAUUCUGGAAAAUAUUAGUGCUUUCUACUUCUAUAGUACCUUACCUUUGUUACACAGGUAAGUAGAAGUCAGAUGUGGUAAAAGUGGAACAGAAGAAGAUUCCCCUAUUCUAAUGCACAGCCUCUUAAAGGAUAGGUGCCUUUUAUGUAACACUCCUGAUACAGAACCUUGGACAAAGAAGUAAAUGGCUCUCUGGGGUAAGGACUGAUUGUGAAAACCAGUUGAGAGGAAGGAAUGUGAGAUCUUGUUAUGGGGAGGUUAAUCUACAAAUGGUAUGAGGAAAGAAUCUAAAGCCACCUCCCUAGGAGAAAUUGUUAUGCUGUAAGUGCAGCUGGUGACUUUGCUAGUUUCCAAUAAAUAGUAAGUCAGUCAUAGGACUAAUAUUGUCAGAGAAAAGGAUUCCUUUAAAUCCACUGUUCCAUCUCACACCAUAAAGGGACGAUGACAUAGGUCAUUUUUUGUAGUAAAUUGUUUAUGCAAAGCUAUUUUCUGUACAAUGAAAAUUAGUAAAAAUGUAAAAAGUGACAUUUAAAAUACAAAUAAAUCCAUGGAAGCAAACUCCAUCAAACAGCUGGUACUAUA